UUUCGGGGUCCCUCAUCCGUCGCCGCUCAUCUUCCUCGUUCCGUUCGCCCUGUCAUCUCCUGCUUCACAGCCUCACAUCAUCUCCGGCGUCCACAUCUCCGUCUUCUUUGCUGCUGCUGCUCGCUGGCGUCGCAACUCAGAUAUGAGAGUUCGCCUACGUGUCCUGCCUUUUGCCGCUAAGGGUUGAUUCAUUGAGCGCCCGACAAUUGGAAUUUGUGGAUUCUCCUCUCUUUCCUCACACCUCAGGCUUGGCAUCCUCCAAGCUUGAACUAUGAAUUAGCAGUAAAUUUUUUAUGGUUUAGUCACUUCCCACAAUCUUUACACCUAACACUUGAAGCGUAACAGAGAGUUGAAGCCAAAAGAGUGGUUCCGGGGAGGCUUACAGGACGUAGUUCUGCUUUGUGAAGAGUGAUAAUGGAGAUUGGGCUUGCCGAAUUGUUGAGAGUGGCAUGGAUCGCUGGGACCUUGCCUUUACUCGUCGCCUCCAUGCCCUUUUCGCAGCUUAAUUAUUUCCAUCAAUUUUUGUCAGGGUUUGCCAAGAGAGGCAAGACAAUGCAAUCAUCUGCACAUAAGUUCACUUUACCUCAGAAAUUCUUCUACCACUUCUAUGCUUUGGCUGUGGUGUGGACAACGUUCUUGCUUGCAGUCACUUGGUUUUAUGCUUAUAAAAUGGCCCCACUAGUCUCCGAGCCAUUGCAGUAUUCUACUCUGACAAGCUACUUGGCUGGGAGUUCGCAUACAUUAUUCUUUCAUGAAUCUAGCCCGCCUGCAGUGAAGCAGAGAUACAGGAUGUGGAGCUCUGUGUUUCUUCUUUCGUUAAUGGAAUUUCAAGUGUUGAGACGCCUUAUUGAGUCGAUAUAUGUGUUUAAGUACAACCCUUCAGCCCGGAUGCAUAUUUUUGGCUACCUUACUGGGCUAUUUUUCUAUAUAGCUGCGCCACUAUCCCUUUGCUGUGCAUUUUUACCAGAGGCCUUUGUACUUGCCAUGAAUCAAAUGGCAGACUUUCUUGUUAAAGGAAAGAAUCAGAUUCCAGACACAGAAUUUGAUUGGUGGGGAUUUGUGAGCCCUUUCCUGAGACUUAAAUGGUACUCAUGGAGUGGGAUGGCUAUAGUUUUUUGGGGUUGGACACAUCAAUGGAAUUGUCAUGCAAUUCUUGCCUCAUUGAGGGAUGACCCAGAACAAGUGGAUGCUUAUGUAAUUCCUCAUGGUGAUUGGUUUGACUAUGUUUCAUCUCCACACUACCUGGCUGAGAUUGUUAUUUAUGCUGGUCUUGUAGUUGCCAGUGGCGGUUCAGACUUGACAAUCUGGCUACUCUUUCUCUUUGUGGUGGCAAAUCUUGUAUUUGCAGCAGCAGAGACACAGAGGUGGUAUCUACAUAAAUUUGACCAUUACCCUCGAGACCGGUUUGCUAUUAUUCCUUUUGUUUAUUAGUGUUUUUUGUACACAGUAUCGGCUAAGGUUUAGACAUGUUGAAUUGUUUGGCAUUGUUGUCAAUCAGUUUGUGUUCAAGUUGGAGAAGCUUGUUUGUAUUUUAGUUCAUAAGAAAUUUGAAAGCCCGAGUUUGAAAGGGAAAGCUACAAAUCCAAAUAGUGAGAAAGACUGGGUGGAAGAAGGAUGCUAAUACUAAAACUUGGUCUCUUCCAGAGGGUACAUUUCCGAACAUGGCAAGAAGAAAGCCAUAGAUAUUGAGAACCAAGUCUUCUCCAAUAUCAUUUGACCAUUUUAUUCUCUUCUAUCCUUAUAUGGGCAGGAUGUAGCCUUGACCUAAGUCGACAUCAACCCACUCUCGAACUUUGCAGUGAGCAAAGCUAAUUUGGUGAAGAGACAAGUAAUCAUCUUAAUUGAUGUUGUUUUCAAAACCCUGGUUAAAUGGCAAGGAGGGGAACAACGGCUGAAACGGCUGCCAAUAGGCUAAGGAUCGAAAGGAGGAAUUCGCUUGGGAUGGGCUCGUGUCUAAUUAGCUCCUUGGUGAGGCAAUAACUUUACUAAAGCUAAAACCCGACAGAGCAAUGGUGCCUUGAGACAUGGAUGGCGAAGAGGAAGAGGUAGGAAAGUGGGAAGCAAUAAUUAGUACGACAGCUGUGGCCGUCCUUUCCCAGCUUUUUUUAUUUUUUUAUGUUAAUUUUUAUUAUUUUAUUUUAGUUAAAAAACUAUGUCAUUUUGACAUAAAAGUAAAUGAAGUUAAUUUUAAAAUUAUUGGA